CUCUAUCUCUUUCGCACGCUUGGUCGUCAUCUCUGCCAUCGUAUUCAUUGCAUGCAUUUCUAGUUUACUUCAAAACAUUUGUAAACAUUCCAAACAAAUCGCCGUUUUUCGAGGCAGGUGCCGCGCUGUAAAACGAAAAGAAGGGCAAGUUAACACCCACCUCGAACGAGCAAGCUGGAAAAAGGAUAAAGGCCUUUCUGUUCGACGACACGCAACCGGAAAAAGGGUCAUCUAGCAUCACACAUCUUCUCGCUACGUGGACCGGUUCGGAAGAGUUCCAUCCAGUGGCAUCCGACGCACGAUGACGAAACUGUUCGAAUGGUUUAUGGCUGCGGCCUGUUUUUUGAGCGUAUAUUUUGCCAUUAUUCUGCGCCAAGUGAAACAUGACGUGUUGGAGCAGUACAUGCUGGAGAUUCAGCUCUCGCCCAUAUUUUUGGUGCUCAUUUUUGGUCUCUACUCUGCCACGGUGGUACUGUAUCGAACUUUCACCUUCAACAACUGCGAGGAAGCUGCCAAGGAACUGAUGGAACAGAUUAAAGAGGCUAAGGCUGACCUGAGACGGAAAGGUCUGGUGUUGAGCGAUUAACGGCAGAGGGUGCAGUAUGGUUUGUAAAUAAAUGUUUUAGGAAAAGGUUCGAGAAUUGUUGAAAAAAAA